UCUGGAGCAAAACCAAGUGCAAACAUGGAAGGAUCACAGCAACCAGAGCACCUACCGUCUGUCGGGGAUGGUCUCUCACCUCGGGGAGAGCAUCAACACCGGCCACUACGUCAGUGACGUCGCUGGAGAGGACGGCGCCGGAUGGUUGACCCUCAACGACGCCCGUGUGACGCCCGCGGAGACGCCGGUCCUGAGGACCAGAGAGAAGACCGCCUACAUGUUGUUUUACGUCCUAAGUGGAGCAGAAGAGGGAAGCCAUGUCCCACUGGCUCAGAACCAGGAGCCAUCUGGAGCUGAGAGGGACUGACACCUGUGAGGCCC